AUGCUAGAUCUCCAGCAAAGCUAUCUCGGAGCGCCAACUAAUCGUCUUCAUCACUUGGUACUGCCCCACGAGACACUUCUGCUGUAUUCUGCUGCAGAUGCUGUCAUGAUACUCAAUGCCGCUACCCUGAAACUCAGACGGGUUCUCGCAUUUUGGGAGGCAUAUCCGAGCUUGACCCAUACGGUAGAUCAUGUGUCCUGCAUCUCUGUAGACUCGGGUAUGAAGCUUAUAGUCGCUUCGAUGGGUAACCGCAUAGCCUCAUGGUCCCUCUCUGGAGUCCAGCAAGACACUUGGCAUAUACAUUCGACCCUCACCCUCCCUCCGGACCACAAUGUUACCGCAAUGCACAACAAAUCCGGGCUCCUUGCAAUUGCAACCGAAAGAAGUUUGUCUGUGCAUACUCUCAUUCUCGAUAACGACUUGCCUACUUGGGCUCAGAAGUGGAUGGUUCGCCUAAAGGAUGCACCUCCUGUAGUCCGCUUUGCGCCAUCGCUGAUGUAUAUUGCCACAAACUCCAAGAUUGACAACUCUGUCAAACUUUACUCUACGACAUCUGGGCGACAAACCCAAAUCAUCCCCCAUCCUCGGCCCGUCAAAAAGGUUUCUUGGCGUCACUCGCAACUGUCGAUUUCCAGAGACGAUUUAAUACUAUUUACGGUCACCUCCGACGCUACUCUUCGAAUAUUCUUCCCUGUCCUUGAUUCUCCGCAAUUCCUACAGCUUCAUGCUUCCCUCGACCUUUAUUCGUCACUGCCGUUAUCUAUAACCUCUGUGCAUCCUGAGAUACAACAUUCCUCUGUCUUUUAUCUAGACCGUGAAGUCAUUAGACGGUCAUCAGACAAGAUUUUGGCAAAUUGUCCCAGUGAGGAUAAUGUUCGCACCAGGAGAAUCCAGGAUAUCAAAGAAGAAGGAUGGGACCUAUUUCUACAUGUACUAGGGGAUGGCUCUAUCGUUGUGACUGCUGUAACCAACAUCGAUCGCCGACCACCAACCCUCCUCAAGAAAUUUACACUCCAACAAUCUCCCCCUUCCACAUUACCAAGCGUUCCGACAUAUCUCUACUUCCUGCCUAAUUCCAAUGAACCCUCGAUUACUGUCGUAAUAGCGCCUGACCUCACCUCAUAUCAAUUGUCACCCGUGGCUUUCUUCGAUGCCCAAGAGGACGGCCUCCGGUUGUGUGCAUGUAGCCCUGAGGUCUCUCCGGAAGAGUACUCCGAAAUUGUACGAUUCGUCAGGACACCAGAAGGUAGGGGAGUUGGUGUCAUUCGCAAGAGUGGAGGGCAAGUUUGGACACUUGCUCAAGGCGACAAAGAGCUGAAUCGAUCUGGUUCUGGCGACCUGGGCGGCAAAAUUGUCGUUCUUGAUAAAGGACGAACAUUUGCAACAUACAAUACAUCUGACACUACGUUAACACUACAUACUCAGCCUCCUAGUUCACUCACCUUGCCUUCGAUUAACUCUUUCUUUACUCUACCAUCGAAAUCCAACAUCGAGUCUAUUAUCGGCAUCACUGACGACCUGUCGGUUUGCCAUAUCCAGCUCAGAACUGCUGCUUCUAUGACUCUCUUCCUGCAUUCUCAUGCCCCCCUUCCUCUAUCAUCCCCUCCUGUCAUGAUUGUCCCUGUCGAUCCAAUGGCCUGGGGUCUUGACCAUCCUUGGAUGGAACACAAUGUCCUUCUUAGCGUGUCAGAUGUCGGAGAAUUAGGAUUUUGGGUACCACAAGAAAUUACAGGGAAUGGAUCUCGGGGUUUAAACGGAAGACAAAACUCCACCGCUUCAACAUGGGUUUGCACCGGCAGGGUUCGGACGGGCAAGACGGCCAUAAAAAGGGCGAAGUGCAGUUCUGCUAAGAAGACAGCGUUGAUUGUCCCUAGUUCUGAAGGGGAGGAAUUGACUAUAUGGGACUCGAAGGAGUCGGAAUUUGCCUCUGGGCUGGAAUACCGGAGGGUGUUUAGUGAACCCAUCAAUGACCUUGAUUGGACUACAACUCCAGAUAUGCAGUCUAUCUUGGCUGUCGGAUUUCUACAUCAUGUAGAACUUCUUUGUCAGCAACGAAUGACGUAUUUCGAUGAAGGACCCGGAUGGUCAAUAUGUUGGAAGAUUGACAUCCGAAGCUUUAUUCCGUAUCCAAUCAGUGACUCCAUUUGGCUAGCAAAUGGGUCUUUUUUGAUAGGAGCGGGCCAUCAAAUGUUCCUGUAUGGACAAGAUGUGUCUUCUUCCAGAGGAGGCAUCACGAGUACUUUCGGUGACGAAAGUCUUUUUGAUUAUGUGGCGCGGCAGAAUGGUCCAUUAGAGGAUUAUCAUCCUCAGAUGUUGUUGCAAUGUCUUCUAUGGGAAAAGCUGGAAUUGGUCAAAGACAUCAUUGUCAAUCUGGCGAAGGACGUUAAGGCAGGAAAGCCGCCCAAGGAUUUUACUACUGUUCCUGUCGAACGCUUCCUUCGACCCAGUAAUGCGCUACAGGUACCUUCACACAAGAAGCGAUACACGCAGUUGUUCGAUGGUCCUGACUUAGGGGAUGACAAUGAGGAGAAAGAGUUUUCAAGAUCCCUUGUUAUGCGCUUAAUUGAAUCAUUAGAAGAUCAUCCGUUGCGCCAUCUAACCCCCAACGAACAUGCGCAUCUCUUGGUGUUGAUACAGACAACAUUGGAGAUUGACGAGCAAAGUCGGUCCCUAGAUUCUAAUGGGUUACGAUAUUUGAUAUCCAUGCGUUCAUUUUACAUCUCGAACCGCCGCGCCUCAACCCCGGCAAGCCCGUCGUCAAAGGGCGCUAUUCCACGUAACACGGGCCGGCGCGAACGACUCAGGUAUCGGGAUAUGAUUUGGGCAUUUCACAGCGAGAGCCAUGGUCUCCUCUUGGAAGCCUCUAUUGCUGCAUGCAAUGGGAGGAUGGGGUGGUCUGAUGCCAGAGCCCUCGGCAUAUCUAUUUGGAUGACUUCUGUGGAAACGCUGAAAUUACAAAUGGAAAAUAUCGCUCGAAACGAGUACAUGGUGGACCGGGACCCAACUGCGUGCUCCUUGUUUUAUUUUGCCCUAGGAAAGGUGAAGCUGGUGCAUAGCUUGUGGCGGCAAGCUGCAUGGCAUAAAGAGCAAGGCCUUAUGCUCAAGUUUUUGUCCAAUGACUUUUCCGAGCAUCGAUGGCGGACAGCAGCGCUUAAGAAUGCCUACGCACUCUUGGGAAAGCGUCGGUUUGAGUAUGCCGCUGCCUUCUUCCUACUGGGACAGUCUCUUAAGGAUGCUGUCAACGUCUGUAUAAAGCAGCUAGGUGACUUUCAAACGGCCAUAGCCAUAGCUCGGAUUGUUGAGCAAAGCAAUGAGGGACCUGUAUUCCUAAAUAUCUUACAAAACACAGUGUUACCAACGGCAUUCAAAGAUGGUAAUAGGUGGCUUGCUAGUUGGGCUUUUUGGUUGCUGCAUAAACGAGACCUGAGUGUUCGUGUGCUUGUAACUCCUUUGCAAGAUCUGGUCAGCGCCCUUGACAUUCAAGUCACUGAUAUUGGCGAGCCUCACUAUGAUGAUCCAAGCCUAGCCCUUCUAUUCUCCCAGCUACGGUCAAAGACUCUUCAAGCUGCCAAGGGCACAAGUGAAAUUUCCGGGAGCUCCGAAUUUAAUUUCGUGUUACAGAUCGCUCGCGUGUUCUGUAGAAUGGGUUGUCAUGUCCUCGCGCUGGACCUUGUGCGGUCUUGGGUGUUUGAUCGCCCAUCUCCUCUCUCUCCACUCCUCAUAAACGGUGACUACCAAGCUAAAAGCAGUAAAGAUGACAUUUCUCCGCCAGGUCUGACGAUUUCGCGUCGUUCCCGAUUUGCUUUCGAACCAGGUUUACGGCGCCGAUCAUCAAUAAUGAUCGACAUGGAUAUUAUGUCCUUACCUCCUACGCGAACGGCGUCUCCGGAACGGAAUGGCCCGAAACUUCCCCCCGUAAUCCAAGAGGAUGUCAUCAAAGACGAAAGCGACUUCUUCGCUAGGAAAGCUGGGCUAGGAAACUUGAUGAAGUCCGCAAAGCAGGAUGUGAAGGUUCCAGAGUUCGAUAUGAAUGCAUUCUUUUGAACGAGUUCGUUACCGUAAGGAUCUUGGGUGACAAAAUUACAAGACCUCAGACUUUGAUUGUAUGCGGAC